GUUCCGAAGAAGGAAGCCGCGCACCGAGCGUGCCAGCCUGCUUUGCUGUUCCUUAGCGCAGCGCAGGGGGAGGUGGGCCCUUGGAGUGCCUUGGAGUUUGAGGCAGUGCCUGAUUGGGAGACGAGGGGAUAUUCCUCAGGAGCCCGGUGCAUCAAUGAACUGCUGCAGGAAGGCAGUGCGGGGCUCGGCUCGCUCGGGCAUGAGGACAGCUGGUGGCCGCUGUCUGGUAAAGCAGGACGGAGAUGGACAGAACCCUGGAGUCUUUGCAGCUGGUGAUUGCCCGAGUUCUGCCUCACAGAGACCCUGCCCUGGUGUUUAAGGACUUGAAUGUUGUAGCAAUAUUGCAAGAGUUCUGGGAAAGCAAACAGAAGAAGAAGGCCGUACUUCCAAGUGAAGGCAUCAUUGUGUAUGAGUCACUGAGCAGCCUGGGCCCACCAUUUGUGAGUUAUGUUACCUUGCCUGGAGGAAGUUGUUUCGGUAACUUUCAGAGCUGUUUAAGCAGAGCAGAGGCAAGGCGGGAUGCUGCAAAAGUGGCUCUGAUCAACUCUCUCUUUAAUGAAUUGCCCUGUCGCAGAAUCACAAAGGAAUUCAUCAUGGAAAGUGUUCAGGAGGCUGUUUCCUCAACAAGUGGCAACCUAAAGGAUGCUGAUGACCCCAGCACUAGUAUUGGAGCUUAUCAUUAUAUGCUAGAAUCAAACAUUGGAAAGACAAUGCUGGAAUUUCAGGAGCUGAUGAUUGUCUUUCAGCUUCUGCAUUGGAAUGGAAGCCUUAAAGCUCUACGGGAAACAAAGUGCUCCCGGCAGGAAGUAAUUUCCUACUACUCCCAGUGUUCCUUAGAUGAAAAGAUGAGAAGUCACAUGGCCCUGGACUGGAUUAUGAAGGAGCAAGAAUCUCCAGGAAUUAUUUCCCAAGAGCUGCAAGUGGCACUGAGGGAACUGGAAGAAGUCAGGAAAGCUGGGCAUGAACUGAGGUUCUACAAAGAGAAGAAGGAAAUACUGAGCUUAGCACUGAGUCAGAUCUACAGUGAUGAAGUUACCACUUCCUCAUGGGACAAUCAAAUGAGCUUGGCCCUACAUGGCUACCGCUAACUUUGAAGAAGGCGUUUUAACAUGCCAGUGUAGGUUAAAAAUAGUCUCCAUGUAAGUUGUUAGUAUUCUUUUCCAUAGAUGUUUUAAUUUCUGUAUCUAAAAGCACAGAUGUCUUUCUUUUUUAAAAAAUAAUUUUUAUUUCAGUGGCUAGAAAUACUCUUCAGGUCAAGCUGCAGCUGUCAUGAAACAUUUGAUGUAGCGCUGGUACUAAAGUAUGUGUAAACCUAAAUGGAGACAAAGCAGAGAAAGCUUUUAUGGUACUCUGAAGGUUGAACUUGAUGUGGUACUUGAUUUCCACAUGAAAACUACACCUUUGCUGAAGACAUAAAAAUUGUUGUCACAAACCUACAGAGUGCAAGCAGUAAAAGACAAAAAGGGUAGUUCUAAGCUGCACUGGUGCCUGCUUACUCCCAGACUUCUUGACAGCAUAUGUUUCCUCCGAUCAGGUGCUAUUGCUGAAGUUCGUUGUAUUUUUUUGAAGGAUAUAAGGAACCUUUCAAGCAAAAAAAACCUGCAGCAUUAAACUAGUACUCCAGAUUCAAGGUGCUUUACCCCUGUUGCAGCCAAGAUUUCACAAACCUAUGCAAAGAUAAAGAUGAGCAGAAGUUACUCACUGGCCAUGCUCUGUCCAGUAUGGCUAACAGAUUCUGUGUGAUAAAAAUCUUCUAGUUAGACUUUAUGUACCUUUUCAAAGAGGAUUUACUUGCUUGCACUUCAGCAAAUGCCUGCUGAGGUUCAAGAUCUUUCCCUUCCCCAUGCUGACUGUCAGCACAAUUCCACUACUAGAAGCUGCUGUCCCUAGGGCAAAGUCAGCAGCAUAAGCCUGCAUGAGGCACACACUCAUAAUAACCAGCAUGCCAUUUUAGCUGAUGAUGACAGCAGGAAGGUGCUAAGAUGCUGGUCAAUGAACUUAAAUGCACUUCUCCGUAGUUCUGUUUCCUGCUAGUUUCUGCCAGAAGAAUGAACACCUAGCAUAGCCACAGUUUAAAUCAACUCAGUAACCUCAGUAGUAUCUCUUAGCAUCAGUACAAUUUGCUUUAAACAUAAAAGAGCAAAUUCUACGUAAAAGAGACAAACAGUUCAGUUGGAGGAAAAGCAGGCUGGGGAGAAUUUAUUUUCAUCCCUUGCACAAGUGGAUACCCAACAAUGUCACAUCUCAUAUAAAAAAGACAGGAGAAUAGGUCAGCAGUAAUAAUUGUGUUGCAAAACCACACACACCACUGCUAGAGGGAGUUCCCUGGAGUGCCUUACGAGAGAAAACUCUCAUUUUUUAUCUCCUUUCAGUCGUUCAUUUAAAAAAUGUACGAAGCUGUAUGGCUCUGUUACUCAAAAAUUUGUUUUCUUAACUGAAAGAGAAAAAUUUUCCUAGCUUUUAAUGUUUAGUUUUCUUUCAGGGCGUUUCAAAUGUAUAACAAUAAAGUGAAAGUAAUUUUCACACUGCAUCAAUAGAUUGUACAUACUCCCGUGUGCAUUUAGGUUGUGUAAUUUAGGCAGUGGUUUGCUUCCCAUCAAUGUAGUAUGUAAACUGUUUAAAACAGUAGGUUAUAGAAAAAGUACUGGAAAAACUUGGAUUGCUUUGAUUUUUGUUUGGUGAUCCGAUGAAGAAAUAAACAAUCACACUCCCGUGGACUGA